ACAAAUCAACGAAAUUGAUUUAAGCCUGAAAGCUUCAUUGACUUCAACUUGCCCUAUUUGGGCUCGUGUCUCUGGAGGCAAUCAAAAUCAAAAUAAAUCUGUUCUAGGAAAAUUGUCUAAUCGCGUGAGACGCGAGGCAUGCGCGCAGGUCGUGUCCUCAGAUACCUAGGCGAUCUCAAAUACGACGAAUUUCAGACGCAGCGCAGAAAAUGCAACGACUCCAGUGAAAGACACGUGCACUUCUUGGCCAACAUAACCUUCCAGGCAUCUUCACAAAACAACUUUCGGAGUCUGCAGCUCACGUCUCUGUCUACUUUAUAUUAACACCAGGUUCACCUCUUUAAAUCUUGCCAUGAGCGGCAGGCCCAGAUAUCUCACCGACACCGAGCGGGCCAAAAUCCUCGAGUUUCUGGACAUGAUCCACUACUCGCCACGUUACAACGACGACCACUGUGAGUACCGUCACGUGAUGCUCCCCAAGAAUAUGUUGAAGGCGAUUCCGCAAGACUACUUCAACCCCGAGACCGGCACCUUGCGUAUUUUGAUGGAGGAAGAAUGGAGGGGCUUGGGCAUCACCCAGUCUUUGGGAUGGGUGCACUAUGAGACCCAUGCGCCGGAGCCGCAUAUCUUGCUUUUUAAGCGUCCGCUAAAUUUUGAUCAGUAGAGCGAGGAUUGUGACAAACGUACGGGUUUUAUUUAGUGUUUCUGCACUGUGAAUACCCAGUGUCAAGAAUAAUAAGGGUGUCAGUGUUGAACUCGGACAUAGAUACAACAUGAUUUUUGGAUGGCAGAGUCUUUAUCAGCAUGUCCCUAUAUCUCGAGUCUGUAAUUAUAUUGAGGAUGUCCAGGAAUUGCUUUUCCGGCAACGACGCUCUCAUCAGACAGAGGCGUCUCUGGACGUGCUCCCCUGGCUGUUUUGACUGCGUAUUCACCGAGCUGACAGGCGUUCCGUGAGACGGCAUGUGCAAAGUAAGUACAAUGUUUUCUAAUGCACACACAAAUGGAUUUCUUUUUUGAAUCGCCACUUCACGCUGCAUGGGCUUCUAAAGAUGUUUUUACCCCGCUUUCACUAGAUGCCUUUUUCUUGAGCUUUUUCUGCAGCCACCUUUU